GAAAACAUUGGUCACUUUUGCGCGCUCGACGACCCCACGCUCCGUUGAGAGGUCGAGAUAAUAAAGUUAUGUCGGUUAUAUGAACGCGAUAUAAGCCAUUAGAUAGGUACCUAUCAAAUCUAUAUCAAAGAUAUCAAGAUACUGCACCAUCCUACUAAUUGAUACUUUUCAAAAUUUCACACAAACUUAAGGCGAUUCUGCCAGCGAGCGGUACCCUGGACUCUGGACUGUGUCGGCGCACCCGGCACCUGCCUCAACUCUCUCUGCGCGUCCGCUGCCGCCGCCGCGGCAUAGACGACCGCCGCCAUGGGCGUCAAGUCGUUUUUCAUCGUGCAGGAGGCGCCGGCCAACGCGCUGUCGCUCAACAAGGACUUCAGCCAAGUGGUGAUCGCCGGUAGAAACGUGUUCAAGGUACUGCACAUUGAGGAAGACCGCUUCGUGGAGCGGCUCAACCUGCGCAUCGGCAAGAGCCUGAACCUGUCGUUCUCCUCCAACGAUGUGGUCUGGAACCCGUUUGACGAGACCCAGCUGGCCACGGCGGCCACCAACGGUCAGGUGGUGCUCUGGGACCUCAACAAGGCCAGUCGAAACAAACAGGAUCACGUCUUCUCCGAGCACAAGCGCACGUGCAACAAGGUAACGUUCCACCCGUCCGAGCCGCACGUGCUCGUCUCGGGCUCUCAGGACGGCACCAUGAAACUGUUCGACGUCCGAAAACGUGACGUGGCCGUGACGUUCCAGGGGAACACAGAGAGUGUGCGUGACCUGCAGUUUAACCCGAGCCAGCCCAACACUCUGGCGGCUGUGUCCGAGAACGGCCAGGUACAGCUGUGGGACAAGGCGCGCGCAGACCGCUGCGUGCGCUCCCUGACCGCGCACAACGGGCCAGCGUACGCGUGCGACUGGCAUCCGUCCCGAGCCGGCUGGCUGGCCACCGCCGGGCGAGACAAGGCCAUCAAGAUCUGGGACACUGUGAACGGUACCAUCCGACUGGUGGGUACCAUCCCCACGAUGGCCAGCGUGGGCCGCGUGGUGUGGCGUCCGCAGCGCGAGCACCACAUCGCCAGCGCGGCGCUACUCGUCGACUGCAGCAUUAACGUCUGGGACAAGCAGCGGCCCUUCAUCCCGUUCGCGGCCUUCAGCGAGCACACAGACGUGACCACUGGCAUCGCGUGGAAGGGCGACCCGCGCGUGUUCCUCUCUACCUCAAAGGACAGCACGCUGUACCUGCACCGGUUCGAGGACGCUGAGCGGCCGGCCGACCGCGCCAACCCGCACGGACUCUGUCUGUCGGCUGACGGUGAUCUCGGAAUCGCCGUGCGGCAGACGCCGGAGGCCGGCGGCCGGCCGCCGCGCCGCCCUCUCUCCAGCUCGGACUUGUUUCGACUGCGCCGAUCAGUCCUCAGCACGGUCAGGGCUCCCACCGAGCCCGCACCGGUCUCCGACUGGCUCCAGGAGAGCGCUCGCCGCUACCUGCUGCACGGGCGCGCCGUGGCUGAUAUGUGCGAACACAACGCCGCCGUGGCUACCUCGCUGCGCCGCUACCAGGUGGCGCGCACGUGGCGUGUGGUGAAGCUGCUCUACACGUCCUCUCGUGAGCAGCCCGCCGGCCGUGCUACCUGGGAGGAGCGACCGGCGGGUGCUGACGGCGGUGCCGCCGAUCCUGAGCCCAAGGCAUCGCGGAAUGUGUCAGGUGGAGGUGGGGAGACCAAAGCUGAGGACGCAGAAACGGACUGUGAUGAGCCGGAGCCCGAACAAAAUCUGGCCACGAUCGCGUCCGGCCUGGCCAACGCGCAGGGUGACUUCUUCUUCGGUGACGGUGAGGUAAAUGAGAUGUGCCUGGAUUAUGACGACCUGGACGUGGCACCAGACUACACGCUGCCAACUGAGGCGUUCGAGCCGCGCCACGAAUUAGCUGAUGGCUCUCCGCCGCCCGAGAGUCUGCAGGUGGGCGCCGAGACCGCGGCCAUCGAGCCGGCGGCGGCAGCGGCGGCGGCGGCCGCGCGCCUGCCAGCCAACCCUGCGGCCGUGGAACAGCUGAACCUGUCCCUGCUCGCCAUCCCGGCGUCUCUGGUCGCCGACUGGCCGGUGGGGAGCGUGGUGGCUGACAUGCUGCAGCACUACGCCGUGGACGGGGAUGUGCAGACGGCUGUGUCAGUGAUGGUGGUGCUGGGAGACCGGCUGCGGCCACACUUACAGUCAGCUGCCGCAGAGCACUGGUGUAUGGCCUACCUAGAGCUUCUGGCCCGCUUUCAGCUGUGGAAUGUGGCCACGGAGGUGGUGCGCCUGUCGCCAAUCCCCACAGUUAGCUGUCUGAAUCAGAUGGUGCUGAAGCUGCAGUGUGGUCGGUGCGGCGCGGCGCUCGAGAGGACUGGAUGGUGGUGUCACAAGUGCCACGCGCCCAGUACGUGCGCGUUGUGCCACCGCGUGGUGCGAGGACUGCAGGUCUGGUGCCAGGGCUGCGCACACGGUGGACAUUUGAGCCACAUGCGGCAGUGGUUUUCGUCUAAUCGAAUGUGUCCCAGUGGGUGCGGACAUAAGUGUGUGCCAGUGAAAUGACCGUGGCGUGAGAUAGUCGUGGCGGUGACGUGUAAUGACCGACGCAGGUCUGUGGUACACCAGACUCUGUGGAUUUAAGGGGACAUGUGAAUCGGGGUGACACUAUAGAACUGCGGCUGUGAUAUGUUACUAAUGCCAGCAGGGUUAUAAGUGAAAGCUUGUGUAUGAGUGGUAAUGGCCGUAUGUUGCUAGCGAGUAGCGACCGCCAUUUCCUGGUACUCCCUUUAUCCUGUGCAUUGUGUUGUGUACUCGUAUCUAAGCUUGUCUCCUUUACUGCCUCAUGUGUCAGGCCGGGGUUCGUGUUAUUUCUACCAUCUAUCCGCUGGCUCCACAGGUGUAACCGCUCUGUGUACUCGACUCAGCGAUGACGGCUGACACCGUGCCUCUGCGGCGCGUGCUGCUGCGCGCUGGGCCUACCACCGACCUCUCCGCUGCCAUCGCACACUGGCGGCGGCUGGAGCCAGCGCCUCUGCUGGCAGCCGGCGCUCGCGUGCCGUCCCCCGCCGGGCCAGUGGAGGUGAUCAGCUGCCACCCGACGCGCUCCGGUCGACUCCACCGCGACACCCGCCUGCUGGCCGGGCCGCCGCUGCCGCCGCCGCCGGCGAGCGCACGAGCCGCCACGCUCGCUCGCGUGGCUGGGUUCGUGGCUCGUCUGCUGGUCCCUGCCGCGCCGCCGCCGUUGCUGCUGGCGUUUGUGUGCCUGUGGGCGCUGCGGCGGCGGAGGACGGCGCCGCGUCGGCUCUCUGCCGUCAGCGAUGCUGAGCUGCAGCGGCGAGCCCGCGGUGUCGCCGUCAGCGACACCCAGUCGACUGUGGUGGUGAGCAGUGGCGCCCUGCGGUGGCUGGGGGCCGCGCCUGGUCAGUGGUGGCGCUGUGAGCUGCGGACCCCCGUCGCCGGGACUCGUCAGGUGGGUCUUCAACUGGUGUCCGGAGACGUGCCGACCGAUACCGCGCUCAUCUCCAGCACCCUUUGGUGGAAUCUGGCUUUACACCCCGAUCGCAGCGCCGAGGGGGAGUUUACUGACGCCACGCUUCUUCCCCUAACCCCCGAGAGACCGCCUGUGGCACGGGUCGCCCGCCUGGCCCAGCUGUCUAGCCCGGCCCAGCUGCCGCUGGAGGAGUGCAGUGCUGUACUGGCUGCUCACUUCUCUCGCCCCCGGCUUCUAAUGCCCGGUCAAGUACUGAGAACCGGCGGCCGGCCGGGGGAGAAGUCCGCCUGGUUCGUGGUACAGAGUGUCGAGCUGGAGACACCACACGGUGUAGCAGACGGAGGGACGGACGGAUCGGCAGGAGUGCUGGCCUGCGCCGACCGGACGUCUGUAUACCAGGUGUCUGACGUGGUGGGACGGGUGCCGCCGGCCGCACCCGUCACAGACACCCCCUGGGAGUCGGGAAUGUUACCAGGUGAGACAGACGGGGAGAGAUAAGUCCUGGGGCAGGGGUGGAGUGCUGUUAGGCGGUGCGUUGUUGGUUGGGAUGUUUGGGUUGAUUCAGAGAGUAUGCCUGUUUUUGUAAAGUGUUUUGAAGCUAGUCCUUUCGAGGCGUGUAUGGUGUAAGGGUGUUCCGAGUGAUGCAUGGUCUAUGUUGAGGCUGUGUGUGUCCUUAUUUAUCCGGUUAUCUGCCCUCUAUCAGUGCAUUUCAAUUACCUAUAUGGGUGAAAUGUCCGUUGUUUGCAUGCUACGUUCAAAUAUUCAGUGAUUGCAAUAUCGGGAAGCGUAUCAAAUAUAUACCAGCAGGGAACCUUG